AUGAGCAACACUCUAAAAGUUGAUGGUCACACUGAAGAAGCCAAGAAGUUGAGAAUGUUCCUGUUUACCUUAGCGGAAGAAGCUGGAGAAUGGUUUUAUUCUUUACCUGCCGGUAGCAUCACAACUCGGGAAGAAAUGGAAAAGGCAUUCCUUAAUGAGUAUUUUCCAACGCCAGUAUUUCUGCGGAAGAGGUAUGAAAUUUUGAAUUUUAAGCAGAAGGAUGGGGAAACUUUGGGAGACACCUACAAGAGAUUCAAGAGAGUCCUGGUAGCCUGCCUAACUCAUAAUAUGGAUGCAACUGAACAAAUGCAGAUGUUUGUGAAUGGUCUUAAAAUAAAGACCAAACAACUGAUUGAUAUUGCAGCUGGUGGUUCCACAAAUUUUUCAACAGCCAUCGGUAUUAAGAAGAUCAUUGAAGCUAUUGCUGCCAAUGAGCACAUGGAGUUGUACGAUAGGUGUCAAACCAAACCAGAAGGGGUGAUAGAUUUAAAGAUGGAAACUACAAAAACCCGUAUUGAAGAUACUAUAGCUGCUGAAGUUGAGAAAAAGCUGAAGGCGAUGAAUAUAGGCACCCGACAGGUAGCACAGGUCCAACCAACCCCUACUGUCUGUUGUGAAAUCUGUAACGGUCCACACCAAACUCUAUAUUGUUUUGCAAUUCCUCAACAAGUGGAGGAGAUCAAAUUUUUGAAUCAGAAUAGUCCUUAUUCCAACACGUACAAUCCGGGUUGGAAGAAUCAUCCCAACUUCUCCUGGAAAGACCAAAAAGCGACCUCCCCUCAACAUGGUCAGUACCAAACUCAAUAUCAACAACAUCAGCAACAACAAAUACCUAAGAAAGAUGAGUGGGAGAUUGCCAUUGAAAAAAUGGGUAUGAAGAUUCCUAUAAAGAAGGAAGAUCGAGGAGCUGUCACCGUCCCAUGUACUAUUGGAGAUAUGUCAUUCAACAAAGCUCUUAUUGAUCUGGGAGCUAAUGAAGCCAGUCCUUUCUUUAGAAAUGAGGACCUCAGAGCGGUUAGUCUUCAAGUUCCUAAAUCUUGGAAGCUUUUACACAGGUUGAGCUCACAAACCUUAAACCUUGGUUUUACACAGGAUAACCAAUAA